AUGGAUUUUAAAAUUGAACACACUUGGGAUGGUUCUCCGGUGACUCAUGAGCCAGUGUUUGUCAGGCUGAACCCAGGUGACGGAGGAGUGAUGUUGAAAGUUAGUGCUCCAUUUUUCAAUGAUCCUCCAGCCCCGCUUGGAGAACCAGGAAAGCCUUUCAAUGAACUGUGGGAUUAUGAAGUUAUAGAAGCAUUUUUCUUGAACGACAUAACUGAACAGUACUUAGAAGUUGAACUUUGCCCCCAUGGACAACAUUUGGUGCUUUUAUUAUCUGGAAGAAGAAAUGUGUGGAAACAAGAACUUGCUCUAUCAUUCGAAGUGUCCAAAGGAGAGACAAAAUGGGAAGGCAGAGCUUAUCUUCCUUGGAGUUAUUUUCCACCAAAUGUGACAAAAUUCAAUUCAUUUGCAAUUCAUGGAUCAAAAGAUAAAAGAAUCUAUGAAGCUCUUUACCCUGUACCUCGGCAUGAACUGCAACCAGGACAAAAACCUGAUUUCCACCGUCUGGAAUACUUCAAGCCUUUCAAUUUUAACACACUGCUGGGAGAAGAAUGGAAACAACCAGAAUCUGACCUGUGGGCUAAUAGAGAAACCUGA